CCACAACUCACUAUCUCGAACCUGUUCGAAGCCGGCCGGCGGGCGGUCGGCAGAGUCUGCUCAGCCAGCAGCAACCACCUUGCCUCAUUGGAUGUGGGACAAGGGGGAACGCCGAGAGCAUAAUCGACAUUACUGGCAGAUCCGCUGCUUGGCAAAGAAGCUUGUCUUGUCGGUGGAGCCCAUUCAGGAUCGGCCCUGCUUUUUCUCCUUUGGAAGGUUUAAUUUUUUUCUUUCCCUGGCGACCUCGAUGUAACCAGUUCACUCCUUAUGUUUUCUGCAGCAGGGCUCGCAUGAGACGCUCAUGAGCCGCCGCGACCUUGAGACGCUGGUUCGGACGGCCCAGGAUCCCAGGAGUCGGGGCAUCUAUGGAGUGUUUGUCAUGGGAGUGAGAUGAGACGCUGCUGCCCUGUUGGAUCAAAGAUUGGGUCACAGGGACGCGAAAGGGCCAGAAGGAGGCCGCGGGCAACCUUGUGAUAGGAGGAUGGAAGACUCUCUAUAGAGAUUUCUGGUAUAAGAUCCUCCCGCUGCCCCGGUCGAUAUCUACCUUAUUCUUCUCUCAUCAUCAACAACAUCAGACUCAGUAAUAACUUUUCCUCUCAUUCUUCACAGCAGCGCUGUUCCAUUCAUUCUUUGCCGGUCAAUACCUUUCAAAACUGUAGAUAUUUCUUAUUCACUCAUCCAUACCUUUUUACCAAGGAAGCAACCCACCGAACCAACCAGCAACAUGUACUUCUCCAAGAUCGCCGUUCUCCUCGCCCUUACCGCCACCGGCCUCUCUGCCCCGGUCGAUGCGGUCGAAAAGCGUCAGGCCAAGCUCCUAUCUGUCCAGGACUACUCCCAGUUCCAGGUGUCCGACGGCACUGGUGGCAACGCUCUUGAUGAGGUCGCUCAGAAGUUUCCUAUUGACCAGAUCAAGGCCGACCUAGCGGGCGUGAGCAAGGACGACCUGGAUAUCCUUAAGGCCGCUCGCGUUGCCGCCGAAGGCGCCGAGGCGGACGCCGGCGGCUUCAACGACGCUAUCGCCGCGGCUUCCGGGGCGGAUGCCGACGCCCUCAGUGUCGGAAAGAUCAAGAACAAGUGCCUCAAGCUCCAGCUCGAGGUCCUGGCUCUUCAGGUCGAGCAGGCCCAGGGUGCCGACAACCAGGCCAAGAUCGAUGCCGAGCAGAAGAAGCUGGACAACAACGUCAAAAUCGACAAGGGUAACGCCGGCAAGGCGAGCAAGAGUGUCGCCUUCAGUGCUACCUCGCAGCCCAAGGGCGGCAAGGCCGCCGCGGGCGGUAAGGCCGAUGCGGCCGGCAAAGCCGAUGCAGCCGGCAAGGCUGGCAAGGCCGACAAGACCGCCAAGGCUGACAAGACCGCCAAGGCUGACAAGACCGACAAGACCGACAAGACUGCCAAGGCCGACAAGGGCGCCAAAGCCGACAAGGGCGCCAAAGCCGACAAGGCCGACAAGGCUGCCAAGGCCGACAACUAAGAGUCCCUUCAUCACCGACAUCCUGUCCUACCGUUUGGAUGAGAGUUAUUCUCCUCUUAAUCUUGUCAGUGGGAGACACAGAUGUCCAUGAAACAAUGGCCGUGGGAGUUUGCGCGCUGGGGAGCCAAAUUUCUAGCUUAAUUCGUUCCAAAUAAUUCAAACCAAACGUUACGAAAGCAGUGCGCCACCAGUGUCAAAUAGGGGCUAGUAAACGAGAAAAAUACAGCAUUCGCUCCAUA